AUGAUCCAGCCGAAACUUCAGCACCAGCCAUCUUCGUCCAACAUGUACAACCAACCGGCCUCCUCGCAACACGAGUCACCACCUCCUGUCGUUCCUGGGUUGACCUACGAGAGUUACACGCUGGUAAGAUUCCCACAAAUGCAGGUGCCUCUUGUGAGUGGCUACUCUAGCGACAUGUCUGCACCCCCGUCGCGAUACCCACCGUCGGACAGCGGGUACAUGUCGCACGCGAACGGCCUGGGUCAACCGAUGGGGUCCAUGCAACAGGCGCCUUCUUAUGCUGUUGCCGGUGGAUACCCCAUGAUGAAGUCUUCUUAUGGCUCGGUUCCACCAGCGCAAAGCUACGGAUACAUGAACGCUGCAGGCAGCGAUUUGAAGCAGCAACCCGCGUACACGACCCCACCCACUACGGUGAAGCCGGAGUACGCUCAACAACACCCCUAUUUAUUUCAAGGUGCUAGGUGUGAGUUGCCGGAUGCCUUCAAGUCGCAUCAGCCUCAGGCGCUUGCCGAUGAUAGUAAGAACACGGGUCCUCCAUCGACGGCGAUUAAACGGCACUUUUGCUGUUACUGCGGUAAAGGGUUCGUUCGACCUUCUGCUCUCCAAACACACAUUUACUCUCACACUGGUGAAAAACCCUUCGUUUGCAAGGAAGCAAAAUGUAACAAGGCCUUUUCAGUAGUGUCGAACUUGAGACGGCACAUGAAAAUACACGAAAAGAUGUGA